AUGGAGGCAGUGAAGAGGUGGAGGUCGGACUGGAGGUACCCCACCACUCUGCUGUGCAUCUAUGGGUUCUUCAGCACAGUUAAGCCGAUGGAACCUUUCAUCAUCUUAUACAUGACAGGGCCCGACAAGAACCUGACAACAGAGGAGGUGAAUAAUCAGAUUUUACCGGUGUGGACGUACUCCUACCUGGCUGUGCUGGUGCCGGUGUUCUUGCUGACCGACUGGUUGCGGUACAAGCCUGUGGUGGUGUUCCAGUGUGUGAUGCUCUUCAUCACCACAGCUAUGCUGCUGUGGACUCGAAGUGUUCCCGCCCUGCAGGCCAUGGAGUUCUUCUACAGUUUGGUGACAGCCUGUGACGUGGCCUAUUUCUCCUACAUCUACAGUGUGGUGGAUCAGAAGAGAUACCGGAAAGCCACCUCUUACUGCCGCAGCGUGCAGCUCCUGGGCUACACGGUGGGCUCUGUCCUGGGUCAGCUGCUCGUCAGCUUCCACCUAAUGUCCAACAACAACAUCAUGGUGUUGACCCUGGUGCUCACCGCCAUCGCUCUCCUUGUGUCCUGCCUCCUGCCUAUGCCACGGCAGAGCAUGUUCUUUCACCGCGAACAGAACACAAAGAGUUGGAAUGGAGUUGGAACAACAGAUGUAGCAGAACAUGCAAGUACAUCAAUGAAAUCCCUGGAGGAAAUUAAAGAGGAAAAGAUGGACAAGAGCAUAGAAUCGGUGGAAGAUACUAUCAGGGCUAAGGAAGAAGAAGGGCCUAAAGAUGAGGACUUGAAGGAGUCAGUAGGUUCACAGAGCUGCGGCCAAGUUCUCCUCCAGCUGUGGAGGGAUUUCAGGCAAUGCUACUCCUCCAGACAGCUGCUCUACUGGUCGUUGUGGUGGGCGAUGGCCACAUGUGGUUAUAACCAGACUACCAACUAUGUACAGGUGCUGUGGGAUCAUGUGCAGCCUAGCCAGAACUUCAGCAUCUACAAUGGAGGAGUGGAGGCCGUGUCCAGCCUGCUGAGUGCAGGUGCAGCCUACAGUGUUGGCUUCACUGAGGUGCGAUGGGAGAAGUGGGGAGAGCUCACACUGGGCGGAUUCUCUGGACUCGGGGCAGCUGCACUUUUCCUCAUGACCUUCAUCGGCAACAUAUGGGUCUGCUACGUGGGUUACAUCAUUUUCAAGUGCAUGUACAUGCUGCUGAUAACAAUAGCCAUGUACCAGAUAGCAGCCGACCUGACGAUGGAAAGAUAUGCGCUGGUGUUUGGGAUGAACAACUUUGGAUCACUGGCUCUGCAGACCAUCAUCACUGCUGUGGUGGUCGACAGUGGAGGGCUGGGCCUGGCCAUCAUUCCACAGUUCACCAUAUACGCCAGCUACUUCUCCCUCAUCGCUGUCGUUUUUUCCCUUCGUGGACUGUUUACCGUUUGGACAGCACAGAGAAACCAAACAGAGACAACGCCUCCUGACAAAAACGAACCUCCAGACUCCAUCGAACACAGGCUCUGA